AUUAAUUUAAGUGUUUAUAUACUGUCUGAAAAUUAAAUAUAACCUUAUUUAGAACCUGAGAAGAAAUGGCGCUUGAUAGAUGGUCACCAGGAUACCUAGCCUACGAAUUAAUCACCAAGAAAAUAAAAAAAGGAAGAAUGGACGUAAACGAGAAGUUAGAGUUUAUUUUAUACGAAACUCCGACCAUUUUGCACUUUGCAAUUUAUUUAGACGACGAAAAGUUUGUUGAUUACUUGUUAAAGAACAACGCGAACAUCAACAUCAAUUGCGCCAACUGGGGAACUGCUUUGCACGUCGCCGUCAGUAUGAAAAAGAAAAAACUAGUAAGAACAUUAGUGAGCAGAGGUGCUGAUGUAAAUGUUCGCGCUCUGGGGGUCCAUUUUACUCCCUUGCACCUUGCGGUCCAAAAUGGCUGCCAUGACAUUGCCAAGUUUCUUAUUAAUUGCGGCGCUAAUACCGACGCGGUGUUUUUUGUUAAAAUUGAGAAUAAAAAAGUGGAAAAAAAUAUUUUGCAAGUUGCGAUGGAGAAAAAGGAUAAAAAAAUGGUCGGAAUUUUAUUAAAAAACCGAGUUUUUUGUAGUUGGAAUAAUGCGCGGCCAUUUUGGUGCAGUUUUACUUUUUUAAGAGAAUAUUAAGAUUUAAUUAAUUAAUUAAAAAGUUUUUUAUACCUAAAAA